AGUAACAAUAAUUGAUUUCCAGCUGCGCAUUGUGUGUUUUUUUAAUGCCAAAAAAAGUAUUUAUUAUCUUCAUCACCUCUCCUUCCUUGACAUUCCCUAUGCUCUGUGUUCUCUGACUAAAUGACCUUCAAGUGAGGAGUCCAGCGGUACAGUGAUUACUGAUCACAUGGUGAAACAUCCAGUCACUCACAAUGGGAAGCAAUUCUCCUUUCUUCAGAAGCUAGAGGAAAUCUCUUCAGAACAUCACCAUAGCGCACCAGUGAAAGGCCUUGCGGAGCCAGUGCGGAGGAAUUAUCUGCUGUCAGGUCCUGCGCCGGGCUGAUAGGGAAACGCAGCGCACCGAGGGCCACUGCAAGGUGAGAGGGACGGCCGCAGGGGGAAGGGACCGAUGAUGCCGUCUUCCACCAUGCAAAUGUUUGCCUUCAUUCUGGCGGUAUUGGGAGUCGUAAGUGCCACGGUGGCCACUCUGCUACCAAACUGGAAGGUGAGCGCAGAUGUGGGCUCCAACAUCAUGACUGCCAUAUCGCAGAUGCAGGGACUGUGGAUGGACUGCACCUGGUACAGCACUGGAGUCUUCAGCUGCUCGCUUAAGUACUCGGUGUUGGCGUUGCCGGCUUAUCUCCAGACUGCACGCACCACUAUGGUGCUUUCCUGCAUGAUGGCGACAAUGGGACUCUGCCUGGCCGCCCUAGGGCUGAAAUGUACUCGCUGGGGUGGCAGUUAUCGCUCUAAGGGACAUACGGCUAUUUCCGCAGGGGCUUGCUUCGUCAUAGCAGGGGUCCUGUGUCUGGUGCCCGCAUCCUGGUUCACCAAUGAGGUCAUCACUACGUUUAUGGACUCCAAAGUGCCCAAAAGCAGCAAGUAUGAGCCAGGCGCAGCGGUGUACGUGGCAUUUGUAUCGGCAGGAUUCCUUUUAGCCGCAGGCGUAAUCUUUUGCUUAUCAUGUCCUGGAAGAAGAGGCGGUCCAUUGGAUUCGGGCUCGUCCCACCCCGACAAGCCAAAACAGCAGAAGCUGCGCCAGGAGCAGCCGACCCGCGACCAACAGAAACAGCAGCACCGCGAACAGCAAAGUCAGACUGACUCGCCGGAACAAGAGGAGUCGCAUCGAGAGAAACUACACCAGGAAAAGCUACAAGCGAACGAUCGUCAGCCAGAGAAGUCGGUGCCGGACAGGUUGAACCUGGAGAAAGACAAGCAGUACCACUCUCCAUCCCGAACCCGAAAUCAAGACGCCAAGGCCGUCUAUAGUCUGCACGACUACGUGUAAACAACAAUCGAGUAUUUCGAGUGUUCUUGCUUAUCAGACUGCCUUUCUUUGUGAGCGGCAAAAAGAGGAGGGGAAAAGCAGUGGAGCAGCAGGAGGAAUAAUGACUUUGAUGCCGUUAUCAACCCUUAUCAUCUGUGCUUUCGCUUACCGCAAGCAAAGCAGUGGAGGUAUUUCCAAAGCCCCGGAACAGACAAAGUAAGGAUUGUGAAUCCUCGGGUACAUGGUUUUUAUUGCAACUACAACUAAAAAGGGGGGCCAAAUGGUGACGUAUCAUAAAAAUGCAACAUAAGAAAGGGGAAUUUCUUAAUGAUAUUAAUGUAAGGAAAGUUCUGAAGGUGCAUUGUUUAGAAAAAAAAAAGAGCAUUUUAUAGUUGCCCCAUCAUUUCAUAACCUUGUCAAUCUAAAACGCAAACUCAAGAGCAAUUUUAGCAACCUUUUGAUAACUGGAACCAUGUGAGAUUAGCAAGUUUUAAUUCAAAAGCUUGUAGAUGAUAUAUUAAGGCAGUACGUGCAUGCUGUUUGUAGAUAAUGCUGUUAAUAAUGCCGCAAAAUAGCUUGCAGUUGUGAACGGGAUAAUCAAGCUUGCACCUGAGGAUGCUUCACCCCAUCAGCUGUCCAUUAAAUGGUGCGUGUCCUUCAGAAAAGGGAUUUUGACAUGUCCAGUCCAUAUUUUUCAAAGAAUGGUGAUGGGGGGGAGGCACAGCGCCAGAGAUUGUCUGAGGUAAUGAUGCUCUUUGCUUUUCCAUUAGGUUCGCUACGGAUGGGUGCACAGUGCUCAUUUAUUGCGAGCAGGCACAGAUACACCAACACACACACACAUAAGCUUUCCUUCCCUCCCUCAUACUCCUGCUAGAAGGGUAAUGGGGGCUUGCACCCAAUCAUCAUGAUGCUGUGUCGUGCCUGCAGGAAGUGCAGUCGGUCCUGUUCUAGGGCAAACAGGACGCAGUAACACGCUGUUCACACUUUUGUCGAAAAGUAGAACCAAGGUGACAGAAAUCUCAGCGGUGGCUUCGGACUCCCCCGCUGGGCAACAAUUACACCUUUGGUCUGCGUGUCUCAAUUCGGUCGAACCAUCCGCAGAUUUUCUGAUUGCUAAGCUGUUUUCACACACAGUAAAGCCAAUGAAUGUUUUUUCAAAGAGUCAGUGGAAGACAGCAAUGUAUGAUAUAAUGUACCGCAUUUGACUCAAGCUAAUACUAAGUGUCAUUGACUGUGCUGUUUCCGUCGUAAUGAUGGUCAAGGGCUCCUAUUGUCUCCAGAGAGACGCCACAGCAAGACAUUUUCUGCCUUUCAUUUCUGUCUCACAUAUAAGCACACAUACUGCUCUUUGUGUUUGAUACGCAUGGACACAAUGCUUUAGAAAUUGACACAAUGGUUGAAAGUGACAAAGAAAGAGAGCAACAAGACCAUUUUUUAAACAAAGUGCCAAUAGACCAUGUCUUGCUUUAUUGUGCAUGUACUGUCAAGUCACCUUUAUUUAAAUAGCUCUUUUGUUUUACUGUAAGCUUGAUAUAGUUAUUGGGGUCCAAAAUCUGAGACCACUGGUGAAAAUUAUGCUAUUUUGCAUUAUUUUCUAACUUAAUAUAUUUUUUCAUUAUAAAUUAAAUCAAAUUAUAUCAACAAAUUAUUAUUAUUAUAUAGCAUAACAAUUUAAGUGUAAUUUAGAAAUAGUGCAGAAUAGGUAUUCCUUCUCAGGUUUUUUGUUCUGAUGUUUCUGUUUUAAAUGUCUUAUAUUUUUAUUUUCAAUGACAAAAAAAUCUGAGAUUUCCAUUAUGGUCUCAGACUUUUGGACUGCACUGUAAACAGUAUACUAUGUUCACACUGAAGUUGAAUGUGGCCCAAAUCUAAUUAUUAUCAUGUGACAUAUAUGGGUUUUUAUAAUUAUAGCCAUUGUAUAACUAUCACAUUGAUUCAGACAUUUUCAACUCCUCUCUUGCGUAUUUUUGUAUGUGAAUAGGAUUUUAUUUUUUUAUUUUUUUUCCCCAAGUGAUUUUGUUGUAAACAGAUUGGGAUUGUGCUUCUUGUGAUUUUUAAUCAAAAACACAACAUUCAGAAUUUUUAUUUAUCUUAUAAGUUAUUUAUUGACCUUUGCAGUGAAUAAUAAAAUAAUUUCAUUAUACAAAGUAAUAAACACCAGAGUGCAAAAAUAUUUUUUAAAUAUAUUUUGAUGUUAAUAGAAAUCAAAACUCUUGUAAUGUCCUAUUAAACAAAAUAUGAUAUAUUCAUUUAUGUAAAAUGUGUUGAUAUUACGAUGCACAUGCCAGGUUUUCCAGUGUUUUCCACAGGAGUCACCUAUUCAGUCCAGGUCACAUGCAAAAAGCCAUGUGACAACUGCACAAAAAUUAAGAAUUGGGUUUGGUUUGUUGUUGUGUGAACGUAGCCCCAGGAGUGUGUUUAUAUCAGUACAUGUACAUUAUUUUUAAGAGCCAACAAUGGAGAAAUACUAUUGAUGGAGAAAUCUGCUGCUAAAACCUCUUCAUCAUGACACAGCGAAUGUUGACUACAUUGAAUGUUGCUUUGUGCUAAAUUGAUCAUUUUGAAUUUUCUGUUUUGGCUUGACAAAACAAGGGCUUCAUUUAGUGAAUUUAUAAACUGAUGUGUGGCCAGCAAUGAUGUGAAAAUAUCAAAUCCAAUUAAAGCACAUGCCUGUACAGU